UCUGAACCUUUGAGAGAGAAUGUAAGGAACGGUGGUGAUUUGAGAAGGAGAGAAAAAGCAAGCAGAGAGUGUGAAAAUAGGCGCGUGAAAAGAAAGAUGAGAAAAUAAGAAGGCAUGGUACUACGUUAGUUUUGUUUACUUCAGUUCAGUUCACUCGCACAAGUUGGCAACAACAACAACAACCAUGCUUCACCUUAACACCUUCCACCUAUCAUCACUCUUUCUCUUUCUCUCUCUAACCACCACUCUCUCUCUAAACCAAGACGGCCUCUUCCUCCUCCAAGCCAGGCUCCAACUCUCCGACCCCACCAACGCCCUCGCUUCAUGGAACCGCCGCGACGCCACCCCAUGCAACUGGACCUACGUCACCUGCCACCCCUCCUCCGCCGCCGUCACCGUCCUUGACCUCUCCAACCUCCAGCUCUCCGGCCCAGUCCCCGCCGCCCCCCUCUGCCGCCUCCCCGCCCUCUCCAACCUCUCCCUCGCCCUCAACAACCUCAACGCCGCCCUCCCCUCCGCCGCCUUCUCCGCCUGCGCCGCACUCCGCCACCUCGACCUCUCCCAGAAUCUCAUCUCCGGCCCCCUCCCCGCCGCCCUCGCCAACCUCCCUUCCCUCGAAUACCUCGACCUCUCCUCCAACAACUUCUCCGGCGAGAUUCCGGCCACCUUCGGCACUUUCCGACGACUCGAAUAUCUGUCCCUCGUCAGCAACCUCAUCAAUGGAACCAUUCCCUCUUCCCUCGGAAACCUUUCCACCCUCAAAAAGCUUCACCUCGCUUACAACACCUUCAACGCCGGUCCCAUUCCCCAAGAGUUCGGCAACCUCACCAAUCUCGAGGAGCUUUGGCUCGCAGGGUGCGACCUUGUGGGCCCCAUUCCGCAUUCUUUAGGGAAGUUAACCAAACUUCGGAAUCUCGACUUGUCCAUGAACACCCUCGUCGGAAACAUACCUGAACAACUCGUGUCGGGUUUGAACAGCAUUGUUCAAAUCGAACUCUACCAGAACUCUCUCUCCGGGGCGUUGCCACGCGCCGCGUUCGUUAACCUUACUCAUUUAGAACGAUUCGAUGCCUCCGCGAACGAGUUGACAGGGACGAUUCCCGAUGAGUUGUGCGGGUUGAGGAAACUCGGGUCGCUUAACUUGUAUGAUAACAAACUCGAGGGGGCCUUGCCGGAGAGUAUAGUGUUGUCGGAGAGCUUGUAUGAGGUGAAACUGUUCAACAACUCGCUCAAUGGGUCGUUACCGCGUGGGUUGGGGGGUGGCUCCAAGUUGCAGAGGCUUGAUGUUUCGUAUAACCGGUUUUCCGGCGAGAUUCCGGCGAGGUUGUGCGCCGGAGGAGUCUUGGAGGAGCUGAUUCUGAUUUACAAUUCUUUCUCCGGGAGGAUCCCCGAGAGUCUCGGCGAGUGCAAGAGUUUGAGGAGGGUUCGGUUUAGGAACAAUAACCUCUCUGGUGUUGUGCCUGAGGGGCUAUGGGGUUUGCCCCAUUUGUAUUUGUUGGAGCUUGUUGAGAAUUCUCUUUCUGGGUCGAUUUCUAAUGCGGUUUCCGGGGCGAGAAAUUUGUCAAUUUUGUUAAUUUCGGGGAAUAAGUUUUCUGGGUCGGUUCCUGAGGGGAUUGGGGAGUUGGUGAGUCUUGAGGAGUUUGUUGCAAGUCAUAAUAGUCUCACUGGUAGGAUUCCGAGUAGUAUCGUUCGGUUGAGUCAGUUGGAUAGGCUUGUUCUCAGAGACAAUAAGCUUUUCGGGGAAAUUCCUGUUGGAGUUGGUGGUUGGAAGAAGCUGAAUGAGCUUGAUUUGGCGAAUAAUAGGUUAGAUGGGAAUGUUCCUAAGGAGUUGGGAAACUUGCCGGGGCUUAAUUAUCUUGAUCUUUCUGGGAACCGGUUUUCGGGUGAGAUUCCAAUUGAGCUGCAGAAUUUGAAGCUGAAUUUGUUGAAUUUGUCGAACAAUCAGCUUUCCGGGGAGAUUCCUCCUCUUUAUGCCAAUGAUAAUUAUAGAAAGAGUUUUCUUGGGAAUCCAGGGCUGUGUAGGGCUCUCUCUGGAUUGUGUCCAAGCUUGGGUGAGAGUGAGGGUAAGAGCAGGAAGUAUGUGUGGAUUUUCCGGUUCAUAUUUGUGCUUGCUGGGAUUGUGUUAAUUGUUGGUGUGGCAUGGUUUUACUUCAAGUUCCGUGACUUCAAGAAGAUGAAAAAGGGGUUUCACAUUUCCAAGUGGAGGUCGUUUCAUAAGCUGGGUUUUAGUGAGUUUGAGAUUGUUAAAUUGCUGAGCGAGGAUAAUGUCAUAGGUAGUGGAGCCUCUGGGAAGGUUUACAAAGUCGCACUGAGCAAUGGAGAGGUGGUGGCAGUGAAGAAAUUGUUGGGAGCAAACAAGAUGGGAAAUAAUGGAGCCUCUGAUUCUGAGAAGGAUGGUUUUGAGAUUGAGGUUGAAACAUUGGGGAAGAUUCGGCACAAGAAUAUUGUGAGGUUAUGGUGUUGCUGCAAUAAUAGGGAUAGCAAGCUGUUGGUUUAUGAGUACAUGCCUAAUGGAAGUUUGGCUGAUUUGUUGCAUAGUAGCAAGAAAGGUUUGUUGGAUUGGGCCACCAGAUAUAAAAUUGCUAUUGAUGCCGCGGAGGGUCUUUCAUAUUUGCAUCAUGAUUGUGUCCCGCCUAUUGUUCAUAGGGAUGUCAAAUCUAGCAAUAUCUUGCUAGAUGAUGAAUUUGGAGCAAAAGUUGCUGAUUUUGGAGUUGCCAAAAUUGUUAAUGGACCCAACCAAGGUGCAGAAUCCAUGUCUGUGAUUGCCGGAUCUUAUGGUUACAUUGCGCCAGAAUAUGCUUAUACCCUUAGGGUGAAUGAAAAAAGUGAUAUAUAUAGCUUUGGGGUGGUGAUUUUGGAGUUGGUGACUGGGAAACCCCCUCUUGAUCAAGAGUAUGGGGAAAAGGAUCUAGUAAAAUGGGUUCACUCCACAUUGGAUCAGAAAGGACAAGAUCAGGUGAUUGAUCCUACUCUAGAUGUUCAGCACAGAGAAGAAAUCAGCAAGGUACUCAACGUGGGGCUUCUUUGCACCAGCUCUCUUCCUAUAACUCGCCCUUCAAUGCGUAGAGUGGUGAAAAUGCUGAAGGAAGUAACUGCACUUCCCAAAUCCAUGAGUGGAAAACUCUCUCCUUAUUUUCAGGAAGACGCCUCUGAUAAUGAUCAUCAGGGAAGCUUAGUUUGAGUUAGGUGGUGAACAUCAAAAUAAUCAGCUUCAAUUUUCACUUUAACUUUGGUACUUAAAUAUUAGUUCUUGCUUAGGCUAGCUAUUAUAGUACUUGAAAUAGCAAUUGUAAGAAAUGUCAAGAAACUUUCCGGUUUCAAUCAUGGCAUUGUCUUUAAAUGCCGUUAAAAAUUGUAUAAUAAAAGUCACUGUAGAAUAUAUUUAACUGUUUUUGCAUUGAACAAUAUUUUU